AUGAAUGUGAGAACUUAUGGUGGAGCUAAUGUAGAUUCAGAUCACUUCUUGAUUAUUGCCAAGGUCAGAUCAAAAUUAUCAAAUGCAAAAAAGUUUAAGGGAGAGACUUUGAGGGAUAAUGACUGUGAUAAACUUAAAAAUGAAAGGAUGAGGCUUGAAUAUUGCGAAAAAGUAAAGGGACAGUUGAAUUUGAUGAAUUAUGAUGGUACUGUGAAAAAUAAAUGGAAAUGUAUAAAACACAGUAUCUGUAACGAUGCCAAUACCGCGAUUGGUAAAGUAACUAAGAAACAGGUUGAGGAUUGGUAUGACGUUGAUUGUGCCAUCGCUAAUGAUAAAAAGAAUGUUGCAUAUAAACAUAUGAUACAAGCACACACAAGAAAUAGUGCAGAGGAGUACCAUAGAAGCAGAAAAGGGGUGAAGAAACUCUUUAGUUGUCCAAAAUAUGAUGUAAAAAUUAUUUUGGGAGAUCUAAAUACUAAAGUAGGUAGGGAAAGGGAAUUUAAAUUUGUAACUGGUGGAUCUAUCUUACAUGAUGCAACCAAUGAUAGUGGACACAAAUUAAUUGAUUUUGCUACUUUACAUAAUAUGAUUAUAGGACGCACGUCCUUUCCACAUAAAAAUAUUCAUAAAGAUACCUGGCGUGCUCCAUGUGGCACUUAUGCAAAUCAAAUUGAUCACGUAGUAAUUGACGCGAGACAUUGCUCAGACUCAAUGGAUUUUAAGGGAGAGACUUUGAGAGAUAAUGACUGUGAUAAACUUAAAAAUGAAAGGAUAAGGCUUGAAUAUUGCGAAAAAGUAAAGGAACAGUUGAAUUUGAAGAAUUAUGAUGGUACUGUGAAAAAUAAAUGGAAAUGUAUAAAAGACAGUAUCUGUAACGCUGCUAAUACCGCAAUUGGUAAAGUAACUAAGAAACAGGUUAAGUAUUGGUAUGACAUUGAUUGUGCCAUCGCUAAUGAUAAGAACAAUGUUGCAUAUAGACAUAUGAUACAAGCACACAGAAGAAAUAGGGCAGAGGAGUACCAUAGACGCAGAAAAGAAGUGAAGAAACUCUUUAGGCAAAACAAAAGGGUCUUUGAUGAAGAAUUGCUUAUAGAUGUUGGACAUCUGAAAUCCAUUAAUGAAUGCAGAGCAUUCUAUCGGAAAAUCAACAGCAGUCCACUGGACUUUAAACAGACCUCUAGUCUAUGCAGAAACAAAUUUGGUGAAAUUAUUAGUGAUAAUCAAGACAUUUUAAAAAGAUGGCAUGAGCAUUUUUAA